CCGGCCUCCGCGCGCCCGGGACUCGCCUUCCCGGCAGGCCGCGCGGCGGGGCUGCCUCUCGGCGACCAGGAAACAGGAAAGAUGGCGGCUGCUCGGCGACGUUGAGGCCGCGUUGGGCGGUUCAGACUCAGAGUGAUGGCAGGAGAGCUGGCUGACAAGAAGGACCGUGAUAUAUCACCUUCCAAGGAGGAAAGGAAGCGAUCUCGGACUCCCGACAGAGAUCGGGAUAGAGACAGGGACCGGAAGUCCUCCCCAUCCAAAGACAGGAAGCGGCAUCGGUCAAGGGAUAGACGACGAAUCAGCCGUUCUCGCUCCCGAUCCCGAUCCAAGUCCACAGAAAGAGAACGACGGCACAGAGAACGAGAUAAGGAACGGGACCGGAAUAAGAAGGACCGAGAUCGGGAUAAGGAUGGGCACAGACGGGACAAGGAUCGCAAACGAUCCAGUUUAUCUCCUGGUCGAGGAAAAGACUUUAAAUCUCGGAAAGACAGAGACUCUAAGAAGGAUGAGGAAGAUGAGCAUGGUGAUAAGAAGCCGAAGGCCCAGCCACUAUCCUUGGAGGAACUUCUGGCCAAGAAAAAGGCUGAGGAAGAAGCUGAGGCUAAGCCCAAGUUCCUCUCCAAAGCAGAAAGAGAGGCUGAAGCCCUGAAGCGCCGGCAGCAGGAGGUGGAAGAGCGGCAGAAGAUGCUGGAAGAGGAGAGGAAGAAAAGGAAACAGUUCCAAGACCUGGGCCGGAAGAUGUUGGAAGACCCCCAGGAGCGGGAGCGUCGGGAGCGCAGGGAGCGGAUGGAGCGGGAGACAAAUGGAAACGAGGAUGAGGAAGGGAGGCAGAAGAUUCGGGAGGAGAAGGAUAAGAGCAAGGAGCUCCAUGCCAUUAAGGAGCGCUACCUAGGUGGCAUCAAGAAGCGACGCAGAACAAGGCACCUCAAUGAUCGCAAAUUUGUCUUUGAAUGGGAUGCAUCUGAGGACACGUCCAUUGACUACAACCCCCUGUACAAAGAACGGCACCAGGUACAGUUGUUGGGGCGCGGCUUCAUUGCAGGCAUUGACCUGAAGCAGCAGAAGCGAGAGCAAUCACGUUUCUACGGAGACCUGAUGGAGAAGAGGCGGACACUGGAAGAGAAGGAGCAGGAGGAGGCCAGACUCCGCAAACUUCGUAAGAAGGAAGCGAAGCAGCGCUGGGAUGAUCGACAUUGGUCUCAGAAGAAAUUAGAUGAGAUGACAGACAGGGACUGGCGAAUCUUUCGCGAGGACUACAGCAUCACCACCAAAGGUGGCAAGAUCCCUAACCCCAUCCGAUCCUGGAAAGACUCUUCUCUGCCCCCACACAUCUUGGAGGUCAUUGAUAAGUGUGGCUACAAGGAACCAACACCUAUCCAGCGCCAGGCAAUUCCCAUUGGGCUACAGAAUCGUGAUAUCAUUGGUGUGGCUGAGACUGGCAGUGGCAAGACAGCGGCCUUCCUCAUCCCGUUGUUGGUCUGGAUCACCACGCUUCCCAAAAUUGACAGGAUCGAGGAGUCAGACCAGGGCCCUUACGCCAUCAUCCUGGCGCCCACUCGUGAACUGGCUCAGCAGAUUGAAGAAGAGACCAUCAAGUUCGGAAAGCCACUGGGCAUUCGCACGGUGGCCGUCAUUGGUGGCAUCUCCAGAGAAGACCAGGGCUUCCGGCUGCGCAUGGGCUGUGAGAUUGUGAUCGCUACCCCGGGGCGUCUGAUUGAUGUGCUGGAGAACCGCUACCUGGUGUUGAGCCGUUGCACCUAUGUGGUUCUGGAUGAGGCAGACAGGAUGAUUGACAUGGGCUUUGAGCCGGAUGUCCAGAAGAUCCUGGAGCACAUGCCUGUCAGCAACCAGAAGCCAGACACAGAUGAAGCCGAGGACCCUGAGAAGAUGCUGGCUAACUUUGAGUCGGGGAAACAUAAGUACCGCCAAACUGUCAUGUUCACGGCCACCAUGCCUCCGGCGGUGGAACGUCUGGCCCGAAGCUAUCUCCGGCGCCCUGCCGUGGUGUACAUCGGCUCUGCAGGCAAACCCCACGAGCGUGUGGAACAGAAGGUCUUCCUCAUGUCAGAGUCGGAGAAGAGGAAAAAGCUGCUGGCAAUAUUGGAGCAAGGUUUUGAUCCACCCAUCAUCAUUUUUGUCAACCAGAAGAAGGGCUGUGAUGUUUUGGCCAAGUCCCUGGAGAAGAUGGGGUACAAUGCCUGUACCCUGCACGGCGGGAAAGGCCAAGAGCAGCGAGAGUUCGCCCUCUCCAACCUCAAGGCUGGCGCUAAGGAUAUUCUGGUGGCUACAGACGUGGCAGGACGUGGUAUCGACAUUCAGGAUGUGUCUAUGGUCGUCAACUAUGACAUGGCCAAAAACAUUGAAGACUACAUCCACCGCAUUGGACGAACGGGACGAGCAGGCAAGAGUGGCGUGGCCAUUACCUUCCUCACCAAGGAGGACUCCGCGGUGUUCUAUGAGCUCAAGCAGGCCAUCCUGGAGAGCCCGGUGUCCUCCUGCCCCCCCGAGCUCGCCAACCACCCGGAUGCCCAGCACAAGCCAGGCACCAUCCUUACCAAGAAGCGCCGGGAAGAGACCAUCUUUGCCUGACGGGCUCCUCGCUCGGGUCGCAGGGCGUGCUCCGAAGCUGCUGCUUCAGGACCCUCAGUCUGGGGCUCUGGGGACUUCAGAAACAAGCGGUUUCCUGCCCAGCCCCCGCCCCGGGUGUGGGGCCCCAAGUAAAGAGGAGCUGCUGGGAGAGGCGAGAACAGCCGCCAGGGCUUUGGGCCGCUCUGCUCUCUGGCAGCCUCGGCGGUGGCGUUGGCCUGGCAGCUCUUGGCAGUGUCUCGGGCAGGCGGCAGGCGGCGGGAGGGACCUUCCUGGCACAGACCGAGUUGUGUAAGCCAUCGCCACGCUGCUGCCCUCGAUGACCCAGGGACCUGGUACUGAGGACGUGGGCCUUGGGCCCUCGGCAUCUUGCCUGCCGUUUGCCUGUUGGAUCCUAAACAAGACGGGAGCCUUGCCGGGAGCCAUGCCAGGCCCGGGCCGCGGGUGCUGUGCACUCUGGCGUCCCUCACCCAGGGGAGUUUUUUAGCAGUUGUGGGGACAGGGUGAGCUGGCUGUGUCCAUCUUUGUCACUGAGUGAAGUUUCUGUUUUCUAUUCGCUGAGAAGAUGUUUGUAUGUUCUGAGAAUAAAUACAUGACUGUUAAGACUG